GGCCGACGCUGGACGCUGUCGCCCCCAAGCCCACCUCGUCGCGCACCCCUGCGCGCACCCGCGAAUAGCACCGCACCCUGACGAGCGCACGCCGAGUCCUCAGGCCAUCACUCGCCCCCUUCCUCCUCAGGGAGUCUUAUGGAACUCCCGCCUGGUGCUGCUAGAGCCUUCACAGAGUCAUCCAAGCAGCAGGCCUGGCCUCCAUCCGGUUCAGGGCGCCCCACCAUUAACACAUCGGCUCUGCCGCCCUCAGGCCCAUCAUCAGCCUCCCUCGACCUCAGCCCGCCUCCCUCGUCUGUAUCCCACUCGUCGCACUCCUCUCCCUGGGCCCGCCAGAUCCCUCUCGCAACAUCGGGCCAGUCCCCGUCGGCGAACUAUAUGUUGCAGCAUCCCCUCCAGCCCAUGCCCCAUCACCCCGACUCUCAGACUCAACUCGGUUCUCCUUCAUCGUUGCCGAGCAACGACUGGAACAAUAUGUUCUCAGCUCCUCUGGAUCCAUCAACUUUCCAAGCCCUCGCGGCAUCGGGCGUCUUAGGACCACCCACUGGGGGUGUGCCCACCAGCCUCCCCGGACGAUCUAAUCACUCUCUCCAUGACUUUGGCGUCAACACACGCACGCACAAGGAUGGUCGCACAGGCAUCCCACCGCAGUGGUCCAACCUCUCAUCGCCGUACGCCUCCCCGCCUGCCACUUCUCAGAGGGCGUCCCCCGUCCAUCUGCUCCCCAACAACACCCCUUAUGCUCGUCGUAAGUCUCCGGUCAGCGGUCUUUCACAGUCAUAUGGUCCCGUCUCCAUGCGCCACCCCUCUUCCUCGAUGCCCCUACCUAUGUCUUCCUUCGACGGCCAGCACGUUUCUGGCGAGUUCAGCCAUGACCGGCAAAGCUCACUGAGCCAACAACUUGCUGGGUCGCAUAUGUCAAGUCCCAACGGCCGCGGUCCCCUACCUAUGGUUCCCGGAUUGGAAUCACCUCACCUUGACAGCCUGUCCCAAGGCUUCUCGUCUCAUCGCUCCUCAUACGACUUCAAUGCCACCCCGCACCAACCCUCGGAGCGCUUCGCACCAGGGAUUCCGCCCUCUCUCUGGAUGUCACCAACGUCGAUGCCUUCGUCCUCGUCCAGCUAUUCCGACACUUCGUUUCUGUCGCUGAACCACAUGGGGCCCCCACGGCAACCCUCGAUACCCAACUCGGUUGCGACCUCGUCCAGCCCCACGGCUCUGUCCCUGUUCGACUCUGGGAAGUCGACGGCUCCUACCUCUGCUUCCAGCCCCAAAGGGCGUCUCCUGUCAGACCUGUUUUCGGAUCCCCUAUUCCCCUCCCGGCAGUCGUCCGUGGACGAACAACAGCCCCACGCCUUCUCGUCCCCGAAGGUGACAGGGUCGCCUGAUUUGAAGGCGCUGGAGCUGUUGAGCGAGGACGCAGACCCAGAGAAGAUGGCGCGCGAGGACCCGCUCGCGACGCAGGUGUGGAGGAUGUACGCGCGGCAGAAGGCGACGCUCCCGCACGCGCAGCGGAUGGAGAACUUGACAUGGCGGAUGAUGGCGCUCGCACUCAAGAAGAAGAAGGAGGACGAGGAGCGAGAGAAGGAGCGGGGCAAGGAGGUCGGGAAGGAGCGCGGGUCGGAGGCGCCGGAGGGCAAGGCGUCAGAGGGCGGGACCGCGACGGCGGAGGAGACGGAGCGGGGCAGGACGAUUGAUAAAGGAAAGGCAAAGGUGCAGGUCGUCGGUUUUGACGGGGAGAAUCAGGACGGCAAGGACGAGGAUGACGAAGUGCCGAUGGACUGGCGUGCGAUUAGCAGGUCUCGCUCCCGCGCGCCUAUGGACUGGCGUCCUGCCAGUCGCUCUCGUUCACGCCCCCCCAUGGCGGGCAUGUCCGAUCUGCACAAUCAGUUCAAGUUCCCCUCCUCUUCGCCACCCAAGCGCGAUGUCACGUCCUCCAGCAUACCCAUCCCCAGCUCCUCAGGCCGGAGGAGCCCCCACUCGUCGCUACCGGCUCAACUCAUGCUCCCUGCCGUCUUCGAGUCCGCCGGCGAGCAUCGGCAGUACAAUCUCGACUCGUACAACCUCCACAGUCCACACGGGGGGCUUCCUGCGUCUCUUCCCUCUACCGGCCCUCUCGCCCGUGCGUCCGUAUCGACCCUACCAUCGCCGGAGCAGAGGACGUUCCCCAAGCACGUUCGUAAGACCAGCUUCGAUCACACCGUCGCCAGAGAGGGCAUAUUUACCGGGGUGAGUGGCCGCCACCAAAUCAACGGAAAGCCCAGGUCCCCUGAAGGCGUCCUUGGGACGAAGCGGCGCGCUGACGCUCCCCACGUGGAGAGUAUGCUGCGAGGGGACCCUCCAAGUGGCAUGGAACUUCCUCCCCCCAUCGACGCUAAAGACUUUGAACAGCUUCGCAGAGAAUCCCCCUUCCCCUCGUCCAACUUCACCUUCUCCGUGCCCUCCUACGACUCCUUCUUCGACCUAUCUGCCGGCGGGAACCACAUGCACAACAUGUCCGCCUCGAUGCCCCACCAACAUUCACACAAGGACUUAUCGGAACUGUCGUACUCGGACUCAAUGCGGCAACCGCUCAACGGUACCUACUCGCCGCCCAUGAACGAGGGCUUAUCGGCCGCUGCGGUGGCCGCCUCUGCCGCCGUCGCGGAGACGUACGCGCAUUUCAAUAUGGCGAACAUGGGGCUGGAGGACUACCAGCUGAUGAACAUGAUGUACCACCACUCCACGCACGACAUCAAUCCGGCGUUAGGCCCGAACCCGAACCCGUUCACGCACGUGGACCCCACCCAGAUCCUUCCUAUCGAACACACGCCCGAGGGCGCCUUCCACCCGAGCCCGUCCAGCGACGGGUGGGGGAACGGCAUGGGCUCCAGCUCGAACGCGUCCCCCGAGCCAUAUAAUGUGUCGAACGCAUCGACGCCACCGUCCGUCGAUGGCGCGCCCGGCAGCUCGCGCAAUGCACAGACGCGCAAGAUCGCGUCAAGCAAACGCGCCACACAGGACAACGCCGGGCGCGGAGGCGCAGCGGCGCAACGCAAGGGGAGCACGCCUGAAGCCGGCGGGAACUCUGGACAGGCGCGGAUUGCAAGUGAGGAUGGCGACACUCCGCCAACUUCGUGCACGAACUGCCAGACGACGAUCACACCAUUGUGGCGCCGGGAUCCUGAAGGCCAACCCCUAUGUAACGCGUGCGGCUUGUUCUUCGUAAGUGCAUCCGCGGCGCAGUCGUGCGAGGACGCCAGGCUGACAGUGUUUUGCGCAGAAACUCCAUGGGGUUGUACGACCGCUGUCUUUGAAGACGGACGUGAUCAAGAAGAGGAAUCGCGCGUCCGGAACUCCUCAUGGAUCGUCGAGGAAGAACAACUCGAGUCUGCCGAAGAUCGCCGCGCAGGGAAACCGGCCGCGCGCGUCGACGACAAGCGGGCUGCCACCCAGUUUGUCGUCUGCACGGCUGUCACCCACGAGCCGGACAGGAGGAGGGCUAGGAUCGUCUGGGUCGAUGAAGCGGCAGCGACGGACUUCCACCAGUGCCCAGUUACAGUCUUCUUCCUCGAAGGACGGCGGCGGGGCCUAGUGCGGAGGCCGCUGCCCUCCUCCAUCCUGGCGUCCCUCUUCAGGCAGCCUUCCCCGCGGUCUCCGGUCCCGCCCUCUUCAUUUCCAUCCAACCUCCAGCCCGUCGCCUCCAGGGACUCCAAUGGCCAGUCGGGGCGCCGCGGCUCACGCACAGACCUAGAUUUCGAGCAGGCUCUCCGUGCUGGGGGCACCGUCCAACUCCGCGAGGGCUUCGACGUCGACGAGCUCGGCGCAGACCUCUCAGUUGCAUCUAUCGGCACCUUUUCAUUGCCGUCGUCGCCCGCACAGCGAGGCUAUCUCGGUCUGCAGCCCGCGACCCCGAUCAUAGUCCCGCCCACACCCUCGCCCGUGAACAGCGCCGGUCGCGCCGCGACUGCCCCCUCGACCGGCUCUCUCACCUCGCCCUCCUCGUCGACGAGCGAGGUGUUCUACGACGCGCCGGAGGAGACGGCGGACUAUCAGACCAAGCGGCGUUCCAUGUAUCGCUCCCCGGGCACGGCCAGCAGCCCCGAUCUCGCCACGCUUCUCCGCAAGGCGAAGGAGCGCUCUGGAGUCGGCGGGAGCAGGGAUGGAAGAAAGGGUGGGCUUUCGUCGUCGGGUUCGUCCUCGCGCGACCCGCAAUCACCCAUCUCGUCCGCGCAAGUCACACCGGUGCCCAAGGGCAGGAUGCGGUCUUCUCAUAACUUGGCUGCACAGAGGGACGCGGAUGCCGCGUCGGCUACGAGCCCCGACUGGGUCUUGACGAGCCCGCGGUCUUUCGGGUCGAUGAAGGACGGCAAGCCCGCCAAAUCCUCCGUUCGAGCGAAGACGUCUGCCUUCCUCGGGAAAAUGCUGGGGGCGUCCGGCAGCUCUCGAGAACGAUCUAAAACGCUCACUUCCUCUCCAUCCUCUGCGUCCAUCGCGACGUAUUCCAAUUCUCCGCUCUUUGACGCCUUUCCGCCCCCGGUCCCGCCAUUGCCUAAAGCCCACGCAUCACGCAUGCCCGCGUCUGUCGACGUGACUGACGUAUUCACCGCACCCCCACGCGCCUCCACUGACAAGCCCCUUCCUGCCAUUAACCAUAGCGACCGCCUCUCGGUGGGCACCGACAUCUCCGACGACCAGUCGAUUAUCUUGGUCAAUAGUCCAUCUGACCAGCGAUCUCGAUCACCCUCGCCAACGCACACGGUCAAGGGGCGUCCUGAGAAGCCCAUCCGGGCUCCGAGCAGGAGCAAACGGAGAAGCAUGAGCGUGAGUGACGCGGAACUCAAGAAGGCCAUGGCUGCUGGUGGGUCCCCGAGCCCGAGCCCGCUGCGCAUGUCGACAGACCAUCAGGCUGUCGAGAGCUCGCCGGGCUGGAACUCGCGGCUGGAAGGUAUCAUGUCCCAAUUCAAGGGCGAGCUACUACAUCUAGAGCCCAUCUCCACCUCGCUGGACCUCAACGAUCCAUCAACACCCUCUAGACGACCUCUUGCCCCUCGUUCACAUAGCGAAACCAUUACCCCUCUUUCAGCGCCACCAACUGGCCGGCCGACACCCAAGUCUGCACAAUCUCUCCCUCCUGAUCUCGGCACUCCUGCCGUCACCCUUCAAACCAUCUCUGGCGCGGAGGAAUCGCUGGUGAAUGCCGGGGCCUCCUCGUCAUCACACACGUCCUCCGUAGAGGGCCCUAUCGUGCCCCCUCGCUCGUCAUCCCUCCACACUCCUUUGCGUGCCCGCGCCGGCUCCAAUGCUGGCAGCUUCCAGCGUGGGACGAACCUCAAGUACGGGCCACGGUCGCCCCCACCCCGAGCGGGCGGACAGAUCCUGCACCACGCUCAUUCCGCUUCUCGAGAGUCCAACAGGCUCCGUGUGCAACACCGCUCUACUGCCUCCGCGUCGGAGCCGUCGCUCAUUCCGGACCGAGAUGAGGGCCGUGCCUGUGAGCAGCUCAGCACUAUCCGCGCCGUAUCGUCACCCAACCGUUUCGUUGACCCGCGUGCAGUACCGGGGCUCGCCGUCGCCUCGCAGCAAGAUUUGACGACGAACGACCUGCGUUUCUCAUUAAGGCAGUCGCCCGGGAAGCAGGAGGACACCGCCGACCUCGACAACCGAGGCAAAGACCUUGCCACCCGAUGCUGGGGAGAGGAUGAGGAGUUCUUGCCGAAGGACAAAAUCGCCGAGUGGCUUGGUGGACAGAGCCGUAUCAACAAGGCCGCGUUGCGACACUACAUGAACUUCUUUGACUUCUCAAAUCUCCGACUGGACCAGGCAUUCAGGAAAAUGUGCGGUAAGCUGUACCUCAAAGCUGAAACACAGCAGGUCGACCGUAUACUGGAGGAGUUUGCGCGGCGAUUUUGGGAAUGCAACCCGACGACCGUUCUCGGAAGUGCUAGCGUCGUCCACGCGGUCGUGUAUUCAAUUCUUCUGCUUAACACCGAUCUGCAUGUCGCCGAACUCGCCUCACGGAUGUCAAGAAGCCAGUUCGUACGAAAUACGAUGACUGCCAUCCAGAUGCAGCUGCAACCCAGUGGCAUGGCUUCGAGUACCGACCUCAGCUAUGACGAUUGGAGCAGUGUGCGCGCCGGUUCUGAGGGUGGAGAGGGUCCCGGGAACACAGUGCGCGCACGGGCCAAGCGGAGCGACAGCAUCACAAGCUGGAACAGUGUGACCCGUGAAGCCCUGGUGCCUUCAUCCGGGACGCUGGUCAACUCCUCAGGGCAGUUGACGCUGGCCUCGGAACCGGCGAGUUCGUCUUCGGCGAACCAGAGCUCUGUCUCUGUAGGGGCUUCGAGCAACCAGGAGAGCAAGCAGAGCCAGGAUGCGAACCCACCUCCUUCCGCAGCAUCUGCCUCAGCUCCCGCCGCGAUCCCUGGCCCCGCUGCGUCUACAGUCACAUUUGACAGGAGCUGGGAAGUGGAGAUGGAGAAUUUGCUCAAGGAAAUGUACAACGCCGUUAAGGCACAGCAGAUCCUGCAACCUAUCGGGAGUGUCCUGAUGGCGCGUUCCUCGACGUCAUCUCUUACACCACACGGCGCGAUUCUCCGGAAUCGGAGCGUCCGUGCGCAGCAGGACAGGCUGACAACGCUCAAGCGUGGCAGCAUUCGAGGCUUGCAAUCCAUCUUGGGUGCUCAGACGGGCCACAGCCCAUACAGCAGCGGGAGUAGUAUCGACGGGCGAGCGAGCCCGGCACCGAGCUUUGCUACCUCCAAUGAGGGUAUGCACGGCUCCUCCGUUUCCUUCCUGGCACCUGCGCUAGGCUUCGCGUCUAAUCUGUCCCACACGAUCAUCCGCGAACAGCAGGAGGAUGACGGACAUAGUCUGCGCAGCGACGACUCUUCUUCGACUGACAUCAGCAUCACUGACGAAGAGCUCGCGCUUCUCGGGGCACCCUGGGCGAAAGAAGGCAUGUUGUGCCGCAAGCAGUACUGGGAGUCGACUGGGAAGAGGGCGAAGUCGAAGGCGUGGAUGGACGUGUUCGUCGUCAUCCAGAAGGGCGAGCUCAGCAUGUUCACGUUCGGUGAUCAUGGAAGCGGCGGAGCCAGCGUUGUCGGUGGCGGAAAUUGGCUGGAAAACGCGACACCGGUUGGAUCGGUCUUGCUGGCGCAUUCGCUUGCGCACGCGCUGCCUCCGCCAGGCUACAAUCGACAACGCCCGCACUGCAUGGUGCUCACACUUGCCAACGGCGGCGUGUACUUCUUCCAGGCAGGCACAGAAGAGCUUGUGAACGAGUGGGUGUCAACGUGCAACUACUGGGCGGCGCGCCAGAGCAAGGAACCGCUCAUGGGCGGCGUCUCCAACAUGGAGUAUGGCUGGAGCCGCGUCCUGGAUCCCGUCUCCCGGGGGCGAUCGGUAUCGGAGGACGACUACUCGGUCCGGGACACGGACAACCAGAGCGUCCGCAGCGGUCGCAGUGGCCGCAGCCGGUUCAAGGAUAUGGCUGCGACCGUGCGCGCGGACAAGUCGCCGUGGGCGGACAGGACGUACAUUAACGACUGGAAGCCGCCGCUGCCACCAUCGGUGCCCAGCCAGCAUGAUGAAGAGACGCAGAUGGAGGCGUUGCAGAAACAUGUAGCGCAUCUGAAAACCGAGCUGCAGGAGCACAACGAGCUGAGGACCCCGAUGACCCACCUGUACCAGCCUCGCUCGUCCAACGCCCAGAAGGCGACGACGAACUGGGAGAAGAAGUCGCAGUAUCUCCUGACGGAGAUCGUCAAGUACGAGUCGUACAUCGACUCCCUGCAGGCGGCGAUGUCGCUGCGGCUGAAGCGCCGCGGCGAGAAGGCGCUCGAGAAGGCGCUGACUCCCAGCCCCGACGAUACUGCGGCCAGCAAGGGGCGCUGGAAGGGCCAGCCGGGGCAAGAAACGAUCGAGGAGGGCGAGGAGCCGCCCCCGAGCGCCGGGCUGCGGCCGUCGCCGGCGCACAUGCACCGCCGGGAGGUUGCGCAGGCGGGCGGGGACGAUGACGACGGGGAAGACGACGACUGACUGGCGGACAUGGCUGGCUCCAUACGUGUACAUGCGCGGGUCCGGUGAGUGGGUGUGCGCGGCGGGGGCGUGCGCAUCGGUACUUAUGAUCUUGUUGGAGUAAUAAUUUCCUGUCUCUUCUACGACGCACAUACAUUUAUCGGAUACCCAUGGGGCGGUCGCAUGUAAUACCUUGAAUCACGUAUAUGACUCUAUUUGCU